AUGGCAAUCACUGAGGUCGACAACAAAAUGGUGGUGGAUAAGCAGGACGGCUCACGCGAUGAGGGCGUCGUGAAAGACUCGUCGGAUGUCGUUGUUGAGACAACCGCGCAAGUCGCGCCCCAGGUCAACUGGGCCUCAUCCAUCACCAUGGUCAUGGUGGGUGGUAUGGCACUAUUCUCGGACGGAUACAAUGCCGCGAUUGUCGGUUUCAUGAAUCCGGUCUUGUCACGGCUUUAUCCCGACGACUACACCUCGUCCAUCAAGACAAGCGUUUCUAACGCCUUCUUGAUUGGCGAGGUAUUCGGAAUGCUCUUCUUCGGUUGGGCGAUUGACAAGUUGGGCCGACGCAGUGGCAUCGUUUGGGCCACCAUUUUCCUGGUCCUGGGCAUCAUUCUCGCGACCGCCUCUCACGGGACCACCAACACGGGCAUGUUUUGGAUGCUCAUUAUUGGACGCGGCGUCGCUGGGUUUGGUGCGGGAGGCGAGUAUCCUACCUGUGCGACAAGCACUACCGAAGCCAGCGACGAGAAUGCCCCUAUCCGACGUCGACGAGGGAUCCUCACGGCCGUUGCUACGGACUUUGCGAUUGACCUUGGAUUCGUUGUUGCUGGUAUUGUUGCCAUCAUAGUUCUCGUGGCAUAUCACGAACGCCUUGGCGAUGGCUUGUGGCGCGUCAACUUUGGCAUUGGCAUCACAUUGCCGGUUGUUCUGCUCUUCUUCCGUCUGCGCCUUGUCAACUCGACCCAAUACCACAAACACGCCAUGAAAAAGCAGAUCCCCUAUGGUCUCGUAAUUCGACGCUAUUGGAAACCGAUGCUGGGUACCUCUCUUGCGUGGUUCAUGUACGACUUUGUGACAUAUCCCUUCGGAAUCUUCGGCUCAACAAUCCUCGACACGCUCAACCCGAGCGGCACGUUGCUCCAGACUAUUGGCUACGGCACAGUGCUCAAUUGUUUCCUCCUGCCAGGAACUAUUAUUGGCGGAUUGCUCAUGGAUCGGAUCGGCCGCAAGCAGACCAUGACUCUUGGAUUCGUUCUAUGGUCGCUGCUUGCCUUCAUCAUCGGUGGAGCCCUGAAGCCCAUUCUCUCCGUCUUCCCGCUCUUUGUUGUGUUGUAUGGCAUCUUCAACACGCUCGGAGAAAUGGGUCCUGGUGUCGCGACCUUCCUCUGUGCUGCCGAAUCUUUUCCCACUCCGGUGCGCGGCCACUUCGUCGGCCUCGCCGCUGCCGUAGGCAAGGCAGGUGCUGCCAUCGGAACUCAGGUGUUCAACCCGAUUCAGAACUCGUUCCACGACGAUGAGAAAGGCGUGCAGGGGGUCUUCUUAAUUGGCGCUGCAUUUGCACUGACUGGUGCUGUCAUCUCAUGGUUCCUCAUCCCCGACCAAGAAAAGGACCUUGAGAGUGAGGACGUUCGCUUCCGGCGCUACCUGGAGGAGCAUGGAUAUCACGGCGUGUUCGGAGAAGAUGUCAAGCCCACCAUCUCCGCGAGUACGGCUUAG